CAGGCUGAAACCCGCCUGAACGCGGGCCAACGAAAACGCGAAGCAGGACUGGCAGGACGUUCCCGGAUUUAGAAGCAGAGUGGUCAGAUACGCACAGUGUUCACUUUUAUUUAUAUUCAUUAUUAACGCGCGCACUUGCAAACUGUUUUGAACUUUCUGACAAAACGGGAUUGCUUAUCCUCUCGGAAGUGUCUGGCGCGAUUUGCGAAGUGCACGGUCAUAGGUGUUUAUGAUGCGUUUUACUUGUUGCUUCUUCAUAAGAAGUUCAUUUUCAUGCAAAGAAGUUUUGCAUGUGUAGGCGUAGUGUUGUGUGGCUGCUCUGCGUCGUCGUGCUUGCGAUUAUUUGGUGCUAUUCCAGGAAAAACGGCGAACGAGCGCCGGUAUGUUGGGAGGACGUGACGAAUGCCGACAAGUUGUCGUGCAGGCCUGCGUGUCCCAGCGGCACCUUUGCACUGCGCGGGAUGUCCGACUGCCACGAUGUCUUGUCUUGCGAGGAUAUAAAACGUGAAGUCCAUGUACUCGACUUGCUAGCAUCUGGCACAGUAAAAAAUGUAUACGUUGCGAAAUGGAAACAUCACAUUGUGGCCCUGUCAAAUUUGACCGAAGCUCGGUUUGAGUCGGACUUUCAGCACAAUUUACAGAUGUACCAACUUUUGGGCAACGCUGAUUACACAGCUCAAUAUAUAGGAUCAUGUAACAACACACUUGUCACAGAGUACUUUGCUCUUGGUUCUGCAGCAGAGCUGCAAAGCCUUUUCAACACAGAACUUAAUAGGUACAACACCCUGUCGAAGCGUUUUUCCCUAUGCCUCAGCUACGUCGCGGUCCUGGAGUAUCUCCAUGCUCACAGUCGUGUUAUGUGUGACUCAAACACCGUGUUGAAAACCCUGUCACAGUAUUUGGUUCACCCUGACCUCACUUUACGACUCAAUGACAUGGAUGCCUUACCGUAUGCCACUUUUACUAAAAGGGCUGCUUGUGGUUCACCACCAUUGCAAGGGGAACUGCUGGCACCCGAACAGCGAGGAGUGCUGCCGCAGGAGUCGCUCUGCACAAUAGCGUGUGACAUUUGGAAAAUUCCAGAUGUCUGUCUGUGGUUUCUGGGAAAGAGUAGCGAGGCCGAAAGCUUUAAGUUUCAUCUGUUUGCUAUUCAUCGUCGGUGCAAACUGCAUCAGCCAGAAGAGCGUCCCAGUGCAGAGGAAGUUCUGAGAGACUACCGGAAGGUUUGGCUGGAGUGGAUGCGAGGUCUCUAAGUUGAACUGUGGUAUUUGACAGUGACACUAUAUCAACACUCCCGGUACUUUAAUGCAUCGGUGUCGUCUAUUGUGAGUAGAAAACCAUCUUGUCCAUGACCGAAAAAUCAAGAAAGGUGCAAAUAGAAUAAUUCACGAAACAUCUUUGGUUCGAGGGAGAAUCGAACCCAGGCCAUCUGUGCAACAAGUGUGUGUUCUACAAAGAGCGAUGCUGCUGGUUGAAACUGCUUCGGAAAAAAAAAUUAUGAAUGUCAUGUAGUGGAAAGAGUCUUCUAAAUGCAUUCAAUCUUGCAUGGAGCUAGCACAGAAUCGUGCUAGGUGUUAAAACAUGUGAAUUGCGCAGCGAGUAAGUUUUUUAAAGACCAACCCAUUACAGAGCACUCGGACAUAUUUAAUGAUUGUCAGCAGCAGAAGCAUCAACAAAGUGAACAGCUGUGUAGAUCCACAUAUUGCCUUACAGUGGGCCUUUCGCUGAUUCGCAAAAAAAAAGAAAUUAUGGUGUAUUAGGCACUUAAUAGCCGUACUUGCAGUAGGCAUUCUAAGAUAGUUUGAAACGGCCAAUGUUACAUGCUCAGUUAUGAGUUUCCUUGUGGCACAUUUAAUGGAUGCACCGAGAACUGAAGCCGAAUAGCACUUAGCAGGCGAUGCGCACGGGGCCAGAUUACGCUAUCACAUUCUACACUUGAAGUCGAAGCUCAAGCAUCCUCCAAUUUUGUUUUAUAUCUUGCAGUGAUAGGCUGCAGCUGUUGCAACAUAAGCAUAAAGUGCAUGGAUAAUUUGCUGAAGUGUCCUGUGCAAAGACUCGCAUAUGUAGUGAUAUGAUUUUCUGUAUAAAGUAGUACUGAUUAAAAGUUUCAUGCUAAUUUUCUUUUGUAUAAUAUGGACACCCCUUUAUCUAUUGAAAAGAAUCGAAGAAGCACUAGAGCAAGCUAAAUUCUUUACUGUAGUACCUCUUACAAACCAGCUUGGCUGCAGUGCUCAAGAGGUAGACAUGUAAUGGUGCAACUGAUUUGCUCUGUUUCUGUAGUGUUUGCACUUGCCAUGUGCAAGCAUUGUUUUAUGAAACAUGUACGACCCUUGCUGAUUAUUUUCAUGACGGACUACAACAUACCUACCCUUAUUACAACAAUGCUGGAAAAUUUAGUCUUCGCAACACCACGAUGAUGCCAGGUCCACCAUUUCUAGGCAAAAAAAAAGUAAUAUCCAAAUAUACUUGCUAUGUAUAUUUGUACAUGCAAUGCGUGUGUAGCAGAGUAUUGACAACUUUGAAAUGAUGCUCCUGUACUCCUCCACUAUGCUUCCACUUUGCUAUGAAAUUGAUGACUGCAGCUGCAUGGGAGAAGUACCUUGACCAAUUCAAACAGUUAAUUGCUAACUUUCUGCUAACUUUCUGUUAUGACAGAAUAUGUGUCAUUGUUUAUAAAAAAAAUUGUGUUCUUAUGGCCUAAUUACAUAUGUGAAAACUGUUUCCUAAUGAAUAGUGUGUAAACAUUGGUCCUGGCAUAUUUACUGGAUUUGUUGUGUUGAGCUGACGAGCGACAUUUGUAAACUAGAUUACCAUUUGUCUUUAGGAAGCAUAAAAAAUUUUAAGUGCAUUCGAUUGCUUCACCAGCUUGAUUUGUAAGGUUAAGUGCAUGGCAUUACGUGUUCUGAAGGACUGCAGCUCUUAAAUACCAGGCACCUAGAAGAACGAACCAUUCUUUACCCACAGCGCAUUUGUACACUUAAAAAACCCCAUAACUGUACUACAACCCUUUCUCUAGAACUUAUAGCAAAAGCAACACAGUAGACAUUUAACGAAACCUUCAGUUAUGUUAAAUAAAUCUAAAGAAUAGCAAUGUGGGGAAGUUGCUUUGAGUUCAUGGUGUAAACGGAUGUGUCUGACACAAUGGGCGACAGUCAUUUCAUCCUGUACCAUGGAGAUGUGACUCAUAAUUUCAGGCUGAAUGUUUAUCACCGUGUUUAAUAGACAGUUUUAGAAUAGGGUUCAUAGCGUUAAUUUGUUGAGAGACAUGUUAUUUUCGUAGCUUGAGUACUCGAAGGAUAGCAUAUGACACAUGUGCAAUGGGGAUAAACACCAACGCAAAGCUUUGCUAACCCUAUUGUUAAGCUGUCUGCUGUCUUGGCUGUAUACAGUAGGCUCGAUAAUUCAAACUGAAGGAAAUGCCAGGAUUUGGCUUGAAUUUUUGAUAUUUUGAAUUUUAAGUAUUUUCACAAAUAUGACUUGAGGCAACAUACCAACCUGUGUUAUAAAAUAUUCACAAACACAUAGGUGCCAACCGAGUGACUUGGAAAUUCAGGAGUUUCAUAAAAAGAAAACUGGUGGAAUUUUUUAUAAUGUCAUAGACAUCUCUAAAUGAUUGCCAGUACUGUUUUUAGAUGUUAGGAAUCAUACUGGUGCUUAUUAUUAUACUCCGCAUUCAUGCGUGUGCAAUCAAGGGACAAAAUGUGCUGUGUCCUGUGACAGUUGAAAGCCUUUGGUUGCUCUUGGUACGCUUUUUGGUAUAUUAGUGUACUGCUGCACGUAAAAUAGAUCAAGGUCAGACCAUCUUUCUUUUUUUCUUCUUUUUCUUUCUUCUUCACUCAACGUGGGAUUGUCUGCUGUUAUAUUUUCUGCCACAGACAAGCAAAAAGUGAAGUAACUGAAUUAAUGUAAUGAAGGAGUUUCAUUUAACUGAUUUUAAAAUAAUUUUGGAAGUAUACUGGAGCAACCUAAGUUUGAAGUUUGUUCGAAUGAAGCAAACGUUUGAAUUAUGGCAAGUCUACUGUAUAUGAAUGCGUUUUGUAACCAAUAAAGUCAUUUGGUGGUCAGCGCACUUGAGUGUAAAUUUCUCUUGCUAGCCACAUAUUUUGAAAUAGCCAAGUCAUUCAAGAAGUGUGCUUAGUUUACAUUGUUUUGAACAUGUUUUAUGCUUCUACACAGGUACAUUUCAUAUGCUCAUAGUAAUUGACCUUUUUGUUUGAGAAGUAGCAAGCUAGAAACUCAUUACGAGCUAACCUCUUCUUCUACAAGUCAUUAAACAUCUUUCUUCCUUCACUUUUUUGUUGAAACAAACUGACUUUCUUGAUGCUGUUUGGGCAGAGCUGGCCCUUGUGGCACUGAAAUCCAUACAUCAUCAUCAGUUGGCAUUAUUUGUUGUGUUGUAGCUAGGCCUCUGUGUUUUUGAAGUUUUUUUUUUUUAAUUCAGAGGGUGCUUUUUGGAGUUUAUUUUUGGGGAAGAAAUUCAUUCGGCAUUUAUCAAAGUUUAUUUCUGGUGAAUCCCCAAUUCAUUGGGGAUUUAUCAGAAAAUUGUAAACAUUAUAGGUUGUUCCAAUCUGAUUUUAUUAAUAAUUAUUUCCAAUGAAAUUGCAUUGUUACUGAUGAUUGUGCUUCUCCACUCAAUAUUUCCUCACUUAGUGUUUUAUUUACCCUGUUAAUAAGGCUGUUCAUGUGCACUGCUGUAUAAUUGCUAGAGUGUACUUUUGAGGGCCAGGAGCUACUCAAGCUGCUCCUCGACUUUUUCUCCCAGCCCCCCUCAUAUUCUUGAAAAGUGAAGCUAUUAUUAUUAUUAAUGUUAUUUUCACUACUCUGAAAUCUUUGAUGAAGUGACAUCUGACCACGAAAAUAUGAGAAUUCGAUAAGUGUAUUUUAAAUGGUUGGAAGGUUUGACCGCACAAACAUGUACAUGCACAAGCACAAAUACUUCAAUACAAAACACCUUUCAAUAAUUUUCAGCUUUGAAAAUGCCUUAAACCUUAAAAUUGCCCUUAUGAAAUUGCAGUUUAUUAGAUAAAUCCAAAUUGCCAAAAUUUUAUCUGCAAGUGUUUUUCCACAUGCAUCACCUUUUAUUUUGCUAAGUAGUGCUAAUUCAAAUUUUACAAAAAGUGGUCAUAUUUAUGGUUGUGACAUUGUAUAUGUUGAAAAAGAUGAUGUAGUAAUAAACACGUGCAGGCGAGCACUGCAGAGAAGAAGUUGGAACCU